CAAAUUAAAAUGAAAGUGAGCUUCCCAUGGGGAAGUGUAAGGAUCCUGCUAAGUUCUAACUCAAGCAUCCGAGAGAACCAAGAUUCUACUUCCAGCUUCUUAUUAUGCGCAUUGUGAGUCACCGCAUUGGGGGAAGACUUUCCGAUUAACCAAACAGUGAGGUGUUUGUCUGUAUAAGGAUGGCUCCGAUGAAAAAGAAAUCAAAGAAGGCCAAAAAGGGUUCAAAAAAUUCGAAGAAAUGCAAGAGAAUAAGCGUGGUUCCUGUAGAGCUCAAAGCUACUGAAUCCGAUUGGUGGGAUACUUUCUGGCAGAAGCACUCUACAAUUCCAGGUGGUUCGGUACCAGUUGAUGAGGAUGAGGGAUUCAAGUACUUCUUUAGGGUUUCAAAGAAAACUUUUGACUACAUAUGCUCCCUUGUAAGAGAAGAUCUUGUGUCAAGGCCACCAUCAGGCCUCAUCAACAUUGAGGGAAGGCUUCUUAGUGUUGAUAAACAAGUUGCAAUUGCUCUCAGAAGGUUAGCAUCCGGGGAGUCUCAAGUUUCAGUUGGCGCUGCCUUUGGGGUUGGCCAAUCAACAGUUUCUCAGGUGACCUGGAGAUUCAUUGAAGCACUGGAAGAACGGGCAAAGCACCAUCUCAAAUGGCCAGAUUCUCAUAGAAUGGAGGAGAUCAAAUCUAAUUUUGAAGCAUUAUUUGGGUUACCUAAUUGCUGUGGUGCUAUAGAUGCAACACAUAUCAUAAUGACCCUUCCUGCUGUUCAAACUUCGGAUGAUUGGUGUGACCCAGCAAAUAACUAUAGCAUGUUCUUGCAGGGUGGUUUUGACCACGAGAUGAGAUUAAUGAUUUAGUUCUCUGGUUGGCCCGGAGGCAUGACUAUGGCCAGACUAUUAAAGUGUUCAGGAUUCUUUAAACUCUGUGAGGCUGGUGAGCGUUUAAAUGGAAAUUUAAAAACUAUAUCUGAAGGAGUAGAGGUAAGAGAAUUUAUAAUUGGAGGGGUUGGCUACCCUCUUUUUCCUUGGUUGCUGACACCUUAUGAAAGCAAUGGUCUCUCAGUUUCAAUGUCUGCGUUUAAUGCUGCACAUAAGGCUGCAAGGUCGUUCGCUGUUAAGGCAUUUUCACAGUUAAAAGGCAGUUGGAGAAUCCUUAACAAGGUUAUGUGGACUGAUAAGCGAAAACUGCCUAGCAUUAUUUUGGUCUGUUGUUUACUACACAAUAUUAUAAUUGAUAAUGGAGACCAAUUACAUCCUGAUGUUGCUUUGUCGGGUCAUCAUGACUUUGGUUAUGCAGAGCAGGGCUGCAAGCAGGUUGAUCCGCUGGGGAGAACCAUGAGAGAAAACCUAGCUACAUACUUGCAGAAUCACAAAGAUAACGCUCUAUUGAAGUAGGUAAUCUCUCUUUCCCACUUCCAUAGUCAGGUGGCAUCAAGAUUCAAUACCUUGUUGUCAGGUUGAUAACGUGUUAUGUACAAACUACUCUAACCUUUUUGCUAACGUUCGUGAAUAUCCAUUCGGCUGUUGUUUUAGCCUUCAUAUUUGCCUAUAGUGAUGAUUAUUUAUGCAUUGACCAAGUGUUA